GGGGUGAACACUCACGAAGAAAAUAGCAUCAUGUUUUUUGGCAAUGAAACGCCCUUUCAUUUAAAACCCAUUCCAUACCGGGGGCUGCGCAAACACGAGGCCGAGGCGGUUUUUCAUUACCCCGGGUACCAACACCCCUUAUCCUCCGCGGCGCUCCAAGCGGAGUCGAACCCCUUUUACAUCAGUGAGGCCCACCGUCUUCACCCCUUUCUCACCCCGGAGGACGAAAUCCGGCAUGACGUUCACCUUCAGCAGGAAAAGCGCGAGAAGGUGAUUCAAAUUCGCCGCCAACGUCAGCUUUCGGCGUCUCGGAAGCUCCAGGAAAGGCGCGAGGUCGAAUUUCAAAAACAGCAGGCGCGUUCGGCCAAGCUGGUCGGGACAUCCAUCCGCAAUUACGAGUCCGAGUUUCGCGAUACCAUCACCCACCGCUGUCGGACCGUCGAGGCCGAAAAAACGUGCGAAUACAACGAGGCCAUGAUGAAGCACCGCUACCACCAGCGGCAACGAAAGCUCGACGAGGCGAAUAAUUCGCGAUUUAAUAUUUUGUCGUGGGAGCCUCGCAAAGCGGUCGACGUGCCUCCCAAGCCCAGCCUUGAAUAGCUCGACCUCGACUUUGAGGAAAGGAAAGGUUUCUGAAGUACUUGAUUUUACAACUCAAAGGAUACUCAAAAGUUUUGGAAGAGGGAGGGGGAAGGGGGGAUAGCGCACCCCUCUUCCCCCCCAAAACAAAAGAAGUUCUUGAUCAGUUGGAUGCCAUAAUCAGAGAUGGCAUAACGUUGGGUGAAUAAGAUGUUAAUGGAUGACAUAUGAAAAAUAUAUUCCUCUAUUUGUGAGGGAAUUCGACACCAAAGGUCGAAAUAAAGCGAAUCAACCACAACAAUUCCUUGAGUUCUAGUGUCUAAACAUAUAUAUGUAUAUUCUUAGACCUUUGUUUUCCUUCAACAAUUGU